AUGUCCUCGAUAUCAGAUCUUCCGACCUCUUCGCUGCAGAAGACUGGAAUUGCGCUGGAAGUACUAUUUCCGCUUUUGUCCUUGAUUACAGUCUCUAUGAGAGUCUACGCGAGACUAGUUACGAGAACAUUUGGUUGGGAUGACGGUCUCAUAAUUGCUGCCAUGUUACUAGCAAUUGGCCUUGCAGUCACUGCGAUCUUCGCUAUGAGAACUAUGUACAUCGGGAUCCACUACUGGAAUGUUCCAAUGGACUGGGACUACAAGCGAGCUUUCAUUUGGACAUAUGCUAUGGGAGUCGUUUACAUGCCUAUAUUAUCCAUCGUCAAGAUCUCCGUUCUUCUGUUCAUUCUGCGAUUCUCCGGUGUCAAAAAUUCUGUGAGAUACAUAGUAUGGGGAAACGGUAUAUUCAACCUUCUACUGAUGAUUUCGGUCUUCUUCGUUAUGCUUUUCGACUGCGUUCCGUUCGCGAAGAACUGGGAUUCUACACUCGACGGGUACUGCGUUGAUGUUGGCAAAUUCAGCCUUGCAAGCAGUAUUUUUGCCAUCGUCACAGACGUUAUAGCUAUUGCUUUACCGUUCUACAUCUUUUGGAGCCUCAACAUGAGUAGGCGGAAGAAAUUAGGCCUCAUGCUCAUUUUCUCUGUGAGCAUCCUGUCCGUUGCUUUCUCGUGUAUCCGCCUGUAUUACAUCAUGGGAUUAUACACGACUACGAACCCGGAUCCAGAUACCAAUUAUAGCAUCACGUUCACAUUCUCGGCAAUAGAAGUCAACCUGGCCAUCAUUGCCGCUUCCAUCCCCGCGCUAUGGCCCUUAGUCAGUGGGCAUGUUGGAAAGACGACUACGGCCGCUAGCAGUGGCUUCAACACUUCGCGACGAUAUACCAGGAACCAGCAAGGAUGGAUACGGACGAGCGACCAGAACCAGAGUCUAGACGAUAGCAACGAAAAUCAUGAAAUCGACCUCAAUGACAUGAGCGGUCGAAGAGUCCAGACGCAUAUCGGCAGAGGAUCGGUGCCGAAUGAUUCCGACGAGGAGAUACUUCCAGAUCGUAGCAGCCGGCCGGAAGACGGUUCAAUAGUAAAAACCACUCAGAUUCGUUAUUCGGUUUCGAAAGGAUGA